AUGGGUUACAUCACAGAAUGUGCUGUCUUCACUUGGUCCAAUUUACUGGUUGUCGUGGCCGAAUUGUUGGGCGAGGAGAGUGAGGCCAUGGAUCUGGUGCAUCCAAUCACCGCACAUGUACUUGCCGAGCAUCAGCUGAUUGUGGGUGUGGUGGUUGUGACUGAUCCGGGCACCGUGCCAGUCAAUUCCUGUGGCGAAAAGCAACGUAUCCUGUUACGAGACAGUUUUGUGAAUGACAAACUUGAUCCAAUCUAUGUCUCCUAUAACAUGUGA